AAAAUAAAACCAUUUAAACUGGGUGUUCGGAUUUAUAUGUCACUUAGUAUAUUAUCACUCAUCCGUUUUUGCUGGAUACCUGGUUAACCGUACGUCUAGUAUGCUUCAUAUUUUACGGUAUAAUCAGCAAAAACAUCAUAGUCAUCCAUUUCCUAAACAUAUCCGUUUUUAUUUCGAAACGGUCAUUUCAAGCUUGAUUGACAUUAAGCAGUCUGUCAUGAUCAUGCCCACUACAAGUUCGCAUACGGCGUCCACGACCCGCACACACAUGACAAAAAGGACCAACACGAGCACAGAGAUGGGCACCACGUUGACGGGGAGUACAACCUGCACGAACCAGACGGUACUCACCGAGUGGUGAAGUACAAGUCCGAUCACAAGACGGGAUUCGAAGCUGUCGUUGACAGGCACGGUAUCGCGAAGCAUCCCCACGGGGCUACGAGUUAUGUCAAGGUCACCCAUUGGGGAUACCAAGGUCAUUGAGGAGUGAUGAACGCAGACCGAAGGGACGUAACUGUG